UUUCAUGCUCUGCUGUCACUGCAGAACUUGUGUGUGUGGUGCUUAGUGGCCUGGAUGUGUUUGUCUUCAGCUGCGUAAAGGGUGAUGUGUAAAGCGCUGUUUGGAAGUGUUGCUUUGUCUGCAGUAGUUUGUAAAGGAUCAAAUUUUUGUUAAUGAAGCAAAAAAUAUGCAUGUGCUGCUGGUUAGAUAUUUCCCACAUUUUUUCCCAUAACCCCAACCCUAAUCCAUACUACAGAAAGGAUGAAAAACAGGGUGUGUAACGCUGAUCUUAACACCGAACACACAACGGACCGUUCCCGAUAACGCAAGAGACCGUUUUUUACGUUUGUUUUGCUCUCGGUGGACUUUUGCCUGUACGUGAUUGUUUGUCUGUAAGCGAUGGUUUGCAUUUGCUUGUUUGGAAACCUGACUUUUUGUCAGUGACGGUGCGUGAAAGGUUACCGCUCACCGGUACUUUGCGCACUGGUUUAUCCGUACCUGCUUGUUUGUUUGUAACCCAUCUAUUACUCUGCAGGAUGCAGUAUUAUUGGCCAAGCAAUCUGUGCACCGUUUGCAGACCCUGUACGAGAAACAUCUACUAAGGAAGCAGCUCUUUAAAUAACAACACUGAUAUAAUUGAACGUUUGUCUGUCAUAGAGGUGGAUGAACAGCAGUUACAUUAACCACCACACAGUGAACUGGAUUCCUGUGCUGCUGUCCUGAAAGGAGCAAGUGGAAAUUUGCACUGUUAUAUCUUAAAUUUGGUAUUAUUAUUAUUAUUAUUAUUAUUAUUAUUAUUAUUAUUAUUAUUGCCUUUCUGGUGCAUUCACCCAAAGUAAUUUACAGCUUUACCAGUUUCUACUUUUAUUUAUACCCAUUUAUUUUUUUUAACCGGAGCAAUCCAGGGUAAGUACCUUUGGGAAAAGGUAUGAACCCAGUCCUACUCCAGGGAUUUGAACUAGCAACCUUCAGGUGAGGAGUCUGCAACAUUGCUUCAGUUACUCUUACUGAGGUUUGACAGCAUUUAGUAUAGAUUCAUGAAGGCCUGCGAUGGAUUACAGAAGUGUGUUUGGUGGUGUUUUAUGGUCUUUUAGGAGUUAAAUCAUGCUGAAGAUCCCUCAGCACUAAAGAAAUGGAGUCCCGUAGGUGUUGCUUCGAGAGAACAGCACCGGGCCUCUCUGCUUGAGAAGGGCUGCAGCUACCAGCUCCUACCGCUCUUACUUGAACAUAUCUCCGCUCUCCAGAGUAAAACAUUUGACGGAGGAAGCCUGGGUUAAAAAUGACUCGGAUAAAUUAACGCAGCUUUUCCAAAGCGAGUGCAGAUGGCCAAGUGGCUCAGCGUUGAUUACAGGUCCAGACAGCAAUGUUUGGAACAUAUGGUGGGAGCGCAGGGCAGCCGUAAGUAGGUUUCAGUUCCACUGCUCCGUUUGUGGGCCACUAUAAAUAUAGAAGAAGCUGGAGCUUAAGAGGUUCUAGACGAGGCUGUGACACUGGUGUGUGUUAAAUACCCGACUUGUUUCUCUUUGAUGCUUCCGCUGACACUGCCAGAAGUCUUGGGGCAGAAGUAGCGGUGAAUGAUGGUCGUGGUGUUCAAGGAAGUGAUCAGAAGGUCCCAAGCGCCGCCUGCCAUGUCAAGGCGAAGCCGGAACACCCGGGCGUGGCGGUACGGGUGGAGCGGCGUCCGCAGAGAUGCAGAUUCCAGGGCGCUGGUGCUGGCCUCUGAGGGUGCGGACUGGGGGUACGAGCAGCUGCAGUACAGUGACUCGGAUUCGGAGCCCGAGUUCCCUCCGACUGUCCCGGCCGUGCCCAGCGCGGUGCCCGUCACAGGGGAGUCGUACUGCGGCUGCGACUCGCAGACGGAGCCCGGCUACAGCUCCCGACUUCGUGGCUUCCAUCACACCAGCGACUGCCACUGCGGGGAAGAUGACCAGCACUUUGACUGGGUGUGGGAUGACUGCAGCAGGUCGACGGCAACUCUGCUGAGCUGUGACAACCGCAAGGUGAGCUUCCACACGGAGUACAGCUGUGGCACGGCGGCCAUCCGCGGCAACAAAGAGCUGGCUCACGGGCAGCACUUCUGGGAGAUCAAGAUGACCUCGCCAGUGUACGGCACUGACAUGAUGGUGGGGAUCGGGACAUCGGACGUGAACCUCGAUAAAUACAGACACACCUUCUGCAGCCUGCUGGGGAAGGACGAGGACAGUUGGGGCUUGUCUUACACAGGUCUGCUGCACCACAAGGGUGACAAGAUCAACUUCUCAUCACGCUUUGGCCAAGGAUCCAUCAUUGGGGUUCACUUGGACACCUGGCACGGCACCCUGACCUUCUUCAAGAACCGCAAGUGCAUAGGUGUGGCUGCUACCAAACUCCACAAUAAGAGGUUCUACCCCAUGGUGUGCUCCACGGCAGCCAAGAGCAGCAUGAAGGUGAUCCGCUCCUGCUUCGCUCCCACCUCCCUGCAGUAUCUGUGCUGUGCGCGGCUGCGGCAGCUGCUGCCCGACUGCGAAGACACGCUGGCCGCUCUGCCCCUUCCCCCCGGUCUCCGACAGCUGCUGCACAACAAGCUGGGCUGGGUGCUCAGCCUCAACAACGGGGCCCCGGACUCCCCGUCGCCCUCCGCUUCCUGUUCCUCCCCCGGACCCUCGUCCGGGAGCGACUCGGAGGGCUGCUCCUCGGACCCCGAGGCCUGCCAGAGGAAGCGCUGCCGCUGGACGUGAGCACCGGCGCAAGCCAUCUGACGGACACAGCGGUCAGAAAGAAAGAAACCCAGUUUGGCCACUCUUCUCCUCUUCCUUUUUAAAGCUUUUUGUUCUUUCAGUCUUUUUUUAUAUACGGAACAAGUUUGUGUAGAAAUAUGCUGUUGCUUCGCACAGUGAGGAUCCAAAGACAGUUAAAAAUAUAUAUAUUGUUUUUUUUAAAAUCUUUUCCAGUACAGUUUUUUUUUUUUUCCU